ACUUUCCGUCAUUGACGGCUCAGGCCAAUCAAAGCAAGAGCCUGAAGAUGCCAUCGCUUCUCUCAAACACUCUUCUGCUGCCAGGACACAUGCCAUCAGGAACAAGCAUAUUUGUUCCUCUGGCAGAAAUCUCACCUACAAGUGUCUGCGGCCCAUCGUUGACGGUAAUACCGACGUUGGCCACGACGAGGCCCAGACCUGCGCCGGGCACCAAGCGGAAGCCUGCCAGGGAGACUCUCCAGGCACGGCGUCCUGCACAGAGGGCCAGGAAUGCAACGCCUAAAGGCCGUGCGCCAAAGCGGCAAAAGCUCCUCCUGCAAGAUGUGCAAACAGGAUCCGAAGAGCGCACAGAGUUGGACACGAGGAACAACCUCGUGCAACCAUCAUUACCACCAACGCAAGAAGCAGUUGAGAACUACUGCGAGGGAAUCACUCAGGAGGACAUAAUGAAGCUCUUACCUGGCUCUCAGCAUGGUCAUGCCGACGACAUCUUCAAAAGGGGGUUUUGGAGCAUGCGUCUUGAGCGGGACCUGCGAUUGCACCGGUGGACAGCCUCGGACGAGGAGGCCCUCCUCAAGUCGUGUCCGAUAGUCUCUGCCGGGGAGCUGUAUAUCUGGAGGGUCAUGCCGCGGCUGUUUGGCUGCGAGUUGCCGGAUCUGUUUAGAUAUGGCCUUGGCAUCAGCUUCUACCCAGAGGCUGCACCGGACGUAGCCAGCAAGAACACCGGGCCCACCGCACCUAGUGUUCUCUCGGGCGUCAACGCAGCACUCUUCCCCGACGGCGCGAUAGAUGGCCGGCACGACCCCAUCGUGGAGGAGUUCUUCAAAGCUCUGGCGAGGAUCCUGCCACACCCCGUCUGGCGCGGCGACCCGUCAAGGCUGCGCUACGUCCUGCAGCAUGCCGUGCGGGCACGUGUUGGCCCGACACACGUGGAACCCCUCGUCCCGCCUUACUCCAAAAUCACCAACAACUUCCCCGGGUUCGCAUGGGCGUGCUGCCGUUCAGUGCCGAAAAAAUCGCGGCCUUGUACCCGAGAAGAGCGGGAUCGGGAGCUCGGGGUCUCCAUGCGGUGGAUGGCCAACAUGUACAUCACGGCCGACAGGGAACUGAGCGACGUGGUCGACAACCUCCUCGACCUGUACAGCCACAACAGCUUGCCGCCCCAAGGGUCCGGCGCCAGGCAGCAGCACAAGUCAAAGGUCGACGUGCGGGGCGCCGACGCGAAAAACGUCCUCUUCGACCUGGAGCUCUGCGACUUGCAGGCCGUGUACCAGGCGCUCGAGAACACGCCGCAGACGCUCGACCGCGACCCCAACACGCACGAGGUCAUCGCGACGCAGCUGUACGCCGCGCCGGCGCGCUUCUUCAUCGACGACCUCAAGACGGCGCCCGACAUCACCAACGGCGACUCGCGCGAGGUGCUGGCCGCGUGGGUGAGGGACCAGAAGCGAGCGUGGAUCCUGUCGAGGCGCAGAGAGUCCCUCAUCCGCCAGCGCAUGCAGGCGCAGUCUCCUUGGCACGAGUCCAAUAAUGCCCACGACCGGCCGUACCUCCUCGACAUUCCACCUUUUGACCCUGACGGCAAAUACCAGACGUGGCCGUCCGUAACCGAGGGACAGCUGGCAGUGAUCCAGGGGCUGGUCACCAGGAAGGUGCAUGGCUCGGUGGAUAGACGAGGCGAGGUAGCAAAGUAGUUCAAUACGUGAUCUCGCUUCCUUGAUGCCUUGACCUCCAAUCGUUCGAUAAUAACGCGGAUGAUCUUCUUGGCCGAUCCCGAAAGGAUCUUCUCAGCUCCCA